GAGCAUAUUGCAUGCUGUCGAGGGACGAGCUGCAGGAAUUGUAGUUGUAACUUUGAAUCCACAUAGAAUCCACAAUCUUGUUCUUGGUCAAUUCCUUACCACAUCAGACCAGCCGAUAGUACCAGUAACAACACACACAUUUUAGCUGGAAGCAACAGCGAGAGCUGAAAGCGAGUUUAGGGCUUUUGGAGGAACGCAUAAGCAUGAGUGCCGAGCGCACAGACGGCGGUGCAGCACAGCGGAAACGGAGCGAGCGUGGAAGGAAAACACCUGAUGCUGGCAAUAGCGAGCAAAUAGUUGACCUGGACCGCGAGCGUGAAGAAUGCAUGCGACGCAACCAGCAAAGACUUAUGGAGUUGGGCCUGUUGCCAGCUCUUGAGUCAUUACGCGCGUGUGCAGCAUCUAAUGCUGAGGCCAAACAGGCCGCUUCCAAGAAGCGGCGGUUGAAUGAGGAGGAGAACCGAACCGCGGAUGGCGAGGAACGCGUGCUUCGACGGUCCUUGCGUACAAAAGGCCAGGACCCAGACCUCCCUGCUCUUCUCGUACCCCUUUUCAAAAGGUAUCCCUUUGCUUCAUCAAACUGCGUAGGUUACGACCUUCUACCGAUGUGAGACUGGAUGUAUAAACAAGUUGGUUCCUAAAAUGCUGGUCCCUUGGAAAUGCCCGCCCACAUCCAAUGAGACUUCACAACACUAACUACUCUAUUGCAGGCCCGGAGCCGAGCAGCCGUACGGCGAGCCCGGCACGACAACACGGCCGUCAAAGCCCCGCCCUCAGCCGGCUCCGGGUGAAGGAGACGCCUCCAAGUUUGACUCUCAUAACCUGCACAGGCUGCGGACGAUGUCGGACGAGGCCAUGCAAAAGCGCAUCCACAAGAUCAGCAACACGCUCAAGCUGCAGUCGCUGGUACAGCUCCUGCGGCAAUUCGGCCGGGAUGAACUGGCGGAGGAGGCGCAAGCGGCCCUGGACGCACGGUUGGCAAAUGUGUGAGCUAGUGACCCAAGGGUCGGCACAUUAGACGAAACCCAAUCCUCGUGUAGUUCACGCGCGUGAUCUUCACUGUUGGUCUGAAGCCAGUGCUUCAAGCACCGAUGAACCCAUAUGAACUCAAUAAUAGAGGUCCGGGCUGCUGUGAGGGCAGCGUAUGGUGAUGAUUUAGGCUAUCAUGUGUGACAUGUCAACACGUGAUCUGCGGCUAGAUAGCGUCGCAUACUUAAUACCUUAGGUACACGCGUACACCACACAUAUUUCUGUGACUGCAUGUUGCGACGAGGACAAGAAGUAGACCGUGCAAGGAGGACCAAUCUUCAGGGCUGGGAGCAUGCCCUGGCUGGCGGUAUCGUGUAAGGGCAUCAGCGUUGCA